AUGGGGAAGGGAAAGGGGACGCUGCCUGCAAUCGAAUUGAUGAGUCGUAUCAAGAAGCAGAAAGAGAAGGGGAAGGAGAAAGAGAUGACGCGAAGGAGAAGAUGGGCGGGCACAUCUAGAGGAGGGGCACCUGGAUCUGCUCUCGGCGUUGGAGGAGGACACGCUGGAGCGGAGGCGCCGGCGACGACAGCGGCGGGCUGGCGGCGGCUGUCUUCUCCUUCCCCAACCGAGAGCAGUCACGGACUUGGGCGAGCACGGGAGAUGGAGAGGACGGGGAAGUCCCAACCCGCCCCAACCCCGCCACCACGCCGCAUGCCCCAUCCGCACCCUUUGCCUGCGCUUGGCUGCUCGUGCUGCUUGCCAUGGCCGUUGCGCUCGGCUGCUGCUGUUGCUUGCCAUGGUCACGCGCGCACCGAGGAGGAGCUCCGCCCACGGCUCGACUGCACCUAG